AAUGUUUUUUUUUUUUUUUUUAUCAAAUCGUUCCAUUUUAUAAAUUCAUUGAUAAUCACAUUGCUGUAAUAAUCAUGUACUGUGUGUAAUUAUUCCAACAAAAUCAAAAGUAUCUUCAUCAUCAAAUUAACCAAUAAUUAAUAUUUUGUAUAACUUUAAACCCGGCAGUUGUAAAAAAAAAAAAAAAAAAGCAAAGUGAACAGAAAACUAUAAUCCCACUGUGUAUUUUAUCUGAUCUAGAUUCUUGAUUUAACAUCCACGAGGCUUAUCUGAACUCUUAUCUUAAAUUUAAUAUUGUAUUUUAUUAAAUAAAAAAGAAUAUAUUUCAAUCAACAUAAAUAAAAACUUUAAUUUUCCUAAACAAAAAUAAAAAAAUAUUUAUCAAAAAAAAGAUAACACAUUAAUUAUUAUGGAAUCAUUUACAUCUACAACGAGAUAUGAUACUAAAAUUGAAACAUUUGAACCAUGUAUAAUUGACGUUUCUAGUCAACAACAAUCAGUACAACACCAACAACAACAUCAACAAAUUAUUAAAUCAAAUAUUGUUAGUCGAUCAUCUACACAAUCAUCACAAGAUAAUCACAAUGAAAUAAUAAAUGUUGAUGAUAAUGAAACAAAUUUACAAAAUGAACAAGUUGGACAUAUACAUAUUAACAAUGGACAACAAAAUUUAACAUUAACACCAGUUAGACUACCAGCAGUUCUUGAUGGUGAAUUUUUUUCAGUCAUCAGAGUUGAUGAUACAAAUGUUACAGUAAAAUGUCAUCAAUGCCAAAAAUUACUUAAUGGUAAUUUAAAGUCAACUGGAAAUUUUUUAUCUCAUCUAAAGAGGCUUCAUCCAAUGGUUAUGGAUAAAAUAAAGACAAAAUCAAAUCUCAGGAAACCAGCAAUUGCAUAUGUUGAUAUGUCUGCUGAAAAAUGUCCUGAAGUUGUAAGAACCAAAAGAGGAUAUCGAAAAUGUUACAAAGCGGAUGAACAACAACAGCAACAACAACAUCAACAAAAUCUUGAAGACUCAUAUGAAAGUAUUGAUCAAGCUGAAUGUGAAACACCUGUUAUGAAAAGACGAAAAUCAGUAGAAUCAAAUGAAUAUAAUCAUGAUGCAAAUAAUAUUGUUAGAAUAAAUCAAAAUAAUAAUUCAUAUAAUGGUGAGGAUGAAUUUGAUGCAAUUGGUAAAAAUGUUGCAGUUAAACUUCGUAAUAUGAGAAUCGAUCAAAGAAUAUUUGCUGAAAAAUUAUUAAAUGACGUUUUAUUUGAAGGACAACUUGGUACACUUAAUCGUGAUUUUAGUGUACAAAAUGUUCGAUAAUGAUUAAAAAAAUUUAUAUAUAAAAACAAAAAACAAUUUAUUUUUAGAACAUUGUAAAUUAAAAAAAAUAUAAAUUACAACAGAUUUAUUAAAAAAAGAUUUUGAAGAAUAAAUUAAUUUUAUAUCUUUUAAGGUAUCUCCAUUGUUUAAAUAUUAACUAUAUUUUAAUCUAAUUAAGAUUUAUUUUUCUAUCAACAAAUUAAAUGGUAAUUAAACGUAUUUUUUUUUUAAAUAUAGAGAUGCCUUAAAUGUACAAAAUAAUGUAAAUAUUAAUAAUAAAUUGUAAAAAAAAUUAUGUCUAUUAUUGAUAAAUCAUUUUUAUAAAUAAAUAUAAAUGCAA